CAAAAAUUUUCUAAGGUCACCUUCAGACAGUUCCGAUCGACGUUCAGGUGAAUUGUUACAGUGGUCACGAAAGAGACAACGAUUGUUUUACAACUUUUGCAUCCAAAAAAUUCGUCCCCUUAUUCCUGGAUUAGUGAGAUUUACCUAUAUUAGGAAAUUGCUGAUAGUUAUAAAAAAACCAUGGCGGACGAUCACCCGACGCGCAAAUUUAUAAAGCCUGGCAGCUACAAGGGCAAAUGUUUAGCAGUCUUCACCAGUGGUGGUGAUUCGCAGGGUAUGAAUGCGGCUGUACGUGCUGUCGUUCGGAUGGGUAUCUACUUGGGCUGCAAAGUUUUUUUCAUCAAGGAAGGAUACCAGGGGAUGGUUGAUGGCGGUGACAACAUUGUUGAAGCUACAUGGUCCUCUGUAUCCUGUAUUAUUCACAGAGGCGGUACUGUGAUUGGUUCUGCUCGCUGUAUGGAGUUCAAGGAACGUGCUGGUCGCAGGAAAGCCGCUAAAAAUCUGGUAUCCCGUGGUAUCAUGAAUUUGGUCGUCAUCGGAGGUGACGGUUCUCUUACCGGUGCAAAUCUCUUCAGAGAAGAGUAUCCUGAGCUUCUCCAAGAAUUAGUCGCUGCUGGUGACAUUACUGCGGAGCAAAGUGAAAAGCACAAAAAUUUGCAUAUCGUGGGCUUAGUUGGCUCAAUCGACAACGAUUUUUGUGGUACUGACAUGACCAUAGGUACAGAUUCGGCCCUGCAUCGUAUUAUUGAAAGCAUCGAUGCUAUUGUCAGCACAGCUUAUUCACAUCAGCGUACAUUUAUCAUGGAAGUUAUGGGUCGUCACUGCGGCUACCUGGGUCUAGUCGCAGCUAUGAGUUCCGAAGCAGAUUUUGUCUUCAUCCCAGAAUGGCCGCCCGAGGGUGACUGGCCAAACAAGCUCUGCAAAAAAUUGUUGCAGGAACGUCUCGCUGGCCAACGACUUAAUAUUAUCAUCGUUGCUGAGGGUGCUGUUGACAGAAAUGGCGAUCCAAUCACCGCUGAAAAAAUUCGUCAAGUUGUCGUCGAAAAAUUAAAUCAGGACACGAGAAUCACCGUUCUUGGGCACGUUCAACGAGGUGGAAAUCCAUCCGCUUUUGACAGAGUUUUGGGAUGCAGGAUGGGUGCUGAGGCAGUAAUGGCAUUGAUGGAGGCCACACCGGAAACUGAGGCUUGCGUCGUAACCUUGGACGGAAAUCAGGCUGUGCGUUUGCCUCUGAUGGAGUGCGUAAAUCGAACGAAGGCUGUAUCUCAAGCCAUGGCUGAUAAAAAGUGGGAUCUCGCUGUCCAGCUUCGUGGAAAAGGUUUUGCUCGUAACUUGGAGACGUACAAAAUGUUGACGAGAUUGAAAGCUCCAGCCGGAGUUCUCGAAGCCGCCAAGGAAAAUACCAGCCCGUGUUUAACGAAGCAACACACUCUCUGCGGACAAGAUCAUUAUACUUUGGCUGUAAUACAUGUGGGUGCACCUUCCUGCGGUAUGAACGCUGCUGUUCGUUCCUUCGUGAGAAAUUGCAUUUAUCGUGGAGACAAGGUUUACGGAAUCUGUGACGGUAUUCCGGGCUUAAUAGCAGGAAAGUUCAAGCUGAUGGAUUGGCCGUCCGUGACCGGGUGGGUCGCUCAAGGUGGUGCUUAUUUGGGUACGAAACGUUCGCCACCCAAGGAAGAUCAAUUCCCUCAAAUCGCUGCCCGUCUCAAGGAGUUUGGAAUCCAAGCUCUGCUCAUCAUCGGAGGUUUCGAAGGUUAUCAAACCGGUCUAACUUUCUGUAGUGCUCGCGACAAGCACGAAGAAUUUAGAAUUCCUAUUGCUAUGAUACCAGCGACUAUCAGUAACAAUGUUCCUGGAACGGAAUUCUCUUUGGGUUGUGACACUGCACUCAACGAAAUUACCGAGAUUUGCGAUCGCAUCCGACAGUCGGCUCAAGGAACGAAACGUCGAGUAUUUAUUAUUGAGACAAUGGGCGGUUAUUGCGGUUAUCUUGCAACCGUCGCCGGUCUCGCUGGUGGUGCCGACGCAGCUUGGAUAUUCGAGGAAAAAUUCAACAUCAAAGAUCUCAAUCAAGACGUUGUUGCUAUGGCUGCCAAAAUGUCCGAAGGUGUACAGCGUGGUCUGAUUCUUCGUAAUGAAAAUUGUAACUUGAAUUACAAUACGGACUUCAUGCAAAGGCUCUUCAGCGAGGAAGGAAAAGGAUUGUUCAGUUGCAGAUCGAAUAUUAUUGGCCACAUGCAACAAGGAGGCUCUCCAACUCCCUUCGAUCGUAAUCUUGGCACGAAAAUGGGUGCCAAAGCCGUCGAGUGGUUCACCGAACAAUUGAAAAAGUACACUGGUCCGGACGGCGUUACCGUGACAAAGCAUCCUGAAAGUGCCGUAAUGUUGGGCAUCAUUCGACGUCAAUACAGAUACACCCCUCUCGAACAACUUAUCGAGGUCACGAAUUUCGAGCACCGAAUUCCGACGUACCAGUGGUGGAUGAAACUUCGUCCAUUGUUGAAGGUCCUUGCAAAACACGAGUCGACUUAUGAGGAAGAAGGGCUUUACUUAACAGUGGAGGAGAUGGAAAAAGAUAACGAUACAGCAGUGUUGGGUUAAAAGAAAGGAGGCAAAAGUGAGAAAAACGUAAACUAGAAAAUAAAUAUUUUUUUUGUUCAUUGUCGGUAACUGUACGUACGAUGCAGGUAUAAACUUAGUUGUAAAUUAUAUAGAGCAGUAUUCGAGAGGUAGUGCAAUUGAUCGUUGUGCACGCUCCCAAAAGGCAGGAUUACGGAUUUAAGAUGAAGACAAACCGAAAAUCCGUUCAGAGGGUACCUAGCGCAGUCGUAAGAAUACGCAUUCUUGUCAUGAACGCGUACAAUAAUUAAUUGAAUCAAGAACAGAAAGAAAGGUCAAGAAAAAAAAAACUCGGAAAACGUAACACUUAACCGGUAAUCGCAUAUUCGAUUUAUUUUCAUUCGGGAAUAGUAUGUGUAUGUGCGUGUGUGUAUUUAAAUUAUAAAAAUAUGAUGAAGCAGGGGAUACUAUGACGGAUACUCUGGAAAAUAUAAGCCCAAACACGAACCACAAUAAAUUUAAGUAAUUCAUUCAACUGAAAUGAACUAAAUAAUUAAUUUUUUAAUUCAUUUAGGACGUUGAACUUUUUCCAAGUUGCAACGAUGAAAAGUGCAAGAUCGAAUCUUCGUGAAAGUCAAAUACGAAAGAACAAUUGCGAAAAGAUUUCGACCGUGUUCUUUGAAAAUUCGUGAGAAUUAAAAUCGCCGGACGAUUUCAAAGCAUGAUUUCAACCCGGUGAGUCUCACGUUUGUUCUUGAGAAGGACUAAUAGAAUUCACAAUAUUUCACAGUGAUUGAAUGAGAUAAUAAUGAAACAAUAAAACGAAACAGUCUAAAACAGGUAAGGGCCAAGAUUUUUCGUGGUAUUCUUAAGUUCGUAAAGAUUUUUAUAUUUUCAUUUAAGCGUUACUCAAAGCUUUACAAAGCUAUUUGGAGAAUAUACUCGUCUACCUCAAAAUAAAAGCGAAAGAAAGAAAUACAAAUGAAGAAAAAGAAGGAUGAAACUAAACAAAUGAUUUGCAACGGUGAGGAUAUCGUUGGGAACCUUUUUCUCUCGAACCUCCCGAUUUGUGCGUUUUAUUGAAAUAAAAAUAUUUGCCGAAUGAAGUCAAACGCUCUAUGGCUUUUUGCCGGAUUAAAGAAAAAACGAUAUUUAGAUUUAAUUGUUUUUUCAUUGUUAUAUUCGUGUAAUAUCCAUUCUCCCAAACGUAAUGUCGUGAAUUGUCGAAAAUCAUUGUCUUUUAAAAUUAAUAUUCGAUCGCACUAGUUGAACGGUUGUUAGGUCAUUGUGCAACAGAAAAACAACGUUUAUGAUUACGGGUCGUUCAUCAUUUGAAUUCGUGUCCCUCCUCCAUGUAGUUUCGCAGAUUUAGUCGAAAAUUCUUUCAAGGAGAGGCCCAUCACCCAAAAUUCAUAAGAACAAAAACACAAUUUUUAAAAAUGACAGUUCGAGUGAUUUUGUGGAGAAAUCCUAAGCAAAACUGCUUGAAUCUCAUGACUACUCGCUGGUUUCGAGCCUUGAAAAAUUUUUCGAUUCAAACGAUAAAUAGAUAAAUCAUUGUACUUGCAUUAGUCACAUUUUUGUGAAGGAUGUGUAGGAAAACUAUUCGAUAAGUGAAAACGUCAUGUGUGUACAUAUACCAACAAAUGACCAUUUUCAAUGGCGUGUAUUGUUACUAUCUCGUCAAUAUGAGUACAUAGAAAAAUAUCAUUUUGAAACUUAGUCCAAAAAUAAUCGCCAGUACUCGUUGAACGAGUCCUGGAUUUAUCGUGGACGAUGAAUAUGCGUUUGUCAGUUGAAUAAUAGUGAUUCAUUUCUACAGUGUGGUAAUUGGGGGCGUUCGGUUAUUAUUUUCUCGUUUGAAAAGUGAUGAAUCUAAAAAAAAAAACAAUUGUUUUGUCAGAAAAAUUUCUAACGAGUUUUGUAAUUUACACAAAAAUCAGGCUUUCCUGAUUUUUAUGUGUACUUUAUGCAUCAAACGAGCAAUUGAAAUCUGCGGUUUUACAGAAAAUGUACGAACUUUUUGCCUACGUCAGAAAUAUUGUUAUAUCCACGCCAUAGUCUAAUCUAAUGACAAUAGUACUUGUUAAACUGGAUAUAAAUACAUAAGAGAAUCGUUUGUAACGAUUCGUCAAGUGAAGAAAUAAUGUAAAUUGCUAACCACGCAAUACUUAGUUCUCAAAGUGAAUUUGUUGUGUGAAAGAGAUAAAAGAGUUUGCGUGCAAAAGUGCCAUCUCAAUUUUUUCAUUAUCGCCAUUUUUUUUCUAAUUGUUAAAAUGUGUGUCUCAAUUUUUCUCACGAUCUGAGCACCGUAUUCUUUCGAGAAAUGAAAAUAGUUUAAAGCAAUCGUGCAAAUGUAUUCGACCAAGGUAAUCAACAGAAAUAUUUUGUAGAAUUGCUCAAUCAAUCACCAUUUUCUGUUCAACAAAACUUUCCUCUUAUUCAGAACGAUUAUGAAUGAAAAGCCUAAUAGUUCGCAGAAUAGAAGAUUAAGCAGAUGAAAUAAUAGCAAGUGACAGCAUAUCGACAAAGUGAUAAAGUGUUUUUGGUUCAAAAGAUUUUUUCUUCGAAGGUGUGAGCGUGAAAAAAAAACGACAAAAGACAAUUACUGCGAGUUCUGGCAUCUUUUUCUCCAUUUAUCAUUGAUCAAGGACAUAGAAAAAGAAUUUUUUAAUAGCAGAUCGAAAAUUCAGUAGUUGUUAAAUUAGUCAGAUUAUUUGUUGUCCCACCUACGAAAUAUGAUAAAAAUGAGAUGUAUCGAAGACGAAAAGCUUUGAAUGUGAAUACGAUGACGUCGAUUCGAUGCCAUAAACCAAAAAACAAAAUGUUAAAAAACAAACGUACUACCUGCAUCGGAAAUUAUCAGCAGUACCGACAGUAACGUUUGAUCGUUACUAAAACUAUGAUAAAUAAUGAUUUUAUUUUAUUUUUCAGUACUCUUAAGGCAUUCACAAACAUAGACAUUAAUCGUAAGCUUUGAGAGAUAUAUUUUUGGCUCAUUGUUGAUCAAUGAUUCUACAAAUCUUAGGCUUCGUCAUAUUAGUAUUAUUUUCACAACGUAAUUUAUUUUACCAAAGGAAAAAAACGAACAAAUCGCAUUAUUUAUGUCUCAACUGUCGACAGCUCGUCGUCAGGAGGAAAAGAAAGAAAAUAGGAAAAUAGCAACAUUGAACACGGAACCUUUGCCAAAAUUUAUGUCACGGCGCAUGUUUUGUUAUUGCAAAUAGCAAAUUAGGAUUUUGAACGAGAAAAAACAAACAAACAAACAAAUGUUGUAACAUCGUCGUCAAAUAAACUAUAUCUUAUGUAA